CUCUGCUUUGCAUAAGUCACAGUUUCUUAGGGUUUUUGUGAACUUUGAUGCUAAGUUUGUUGGAUUGAAAGAGGGUUCAGUUUUUUAUUCUCACUUCUAAAUUCAAUCUUUCUCCAAAUGGACCCAUCUCUCAAUUCUGCUGAAUUGCAACGAUUCCUUAGUCAAGAAAAGGAAAAAGCCAUGGUCAAUGAGAUGGUGACAAAUCUUACAAGUGUGUGCUGGGACAAGUGUAUUACAAGUACUCCUGGGAACAAAUUCAGCUCGAGUGAAUCAGCUUGCCUUUCCCAUUGUGCUCAGCGAUAUAUGGAUGUGACCCUUAUCAUUAUGAAACGCGUUCAGUCCAUGCAGUAACUGGAGGAGACUUUGUGCGCAGUCCUGGAGUUGUGACCUUGACUUGCAUCUCAACAGGUAAUUAUUGACUGAAAAUCUGCUGUAUUUUUUUUAACCGAUACUGGUUUUAUUCUGAUAAAAUUCCUAUACAAGGACAACUUUUGAGUUGAGAAAACCCCAAGCAAUUACACCAAUUUAAGCACAUUUUGGCUGCUGAUUUGAGAAGUCUCACAACUCUAGAAUCCCACGAGGUUGGAAGGGCUAUCAGGAACCACGAUCACCAUGGUCACUUUCUAAUGCGAGUAAAGCAUGUACCUCUGUCAACUACUAAAAAGAUCCAUGUGACAAAUUAACAACCUAAAAGCCAAAACCACACCACUUUUUGCCCCUUCUUUUCAUCUUAAUCUUCUUUUAAGACUCG